CUUCUUGCGGGAGGAUCUAACAUGUAAAGUUCUUUAGGUAUGAGUAGGACAAAUAUACAUAUUUGCUUCUCACUUAAAGAUGAAUUCAAGGACAUUAAAAAAGAAAUUAGAGAUGGAUUAGGUCCCUAACGCACAGUACUGUAAUUAUUUUCAUUCCUUGCGUUAGGAGAUAUGUCGGUACUCGUGGAAUCGUACGCCUCGUAGACGCAAGAGAGGGAAGGUGGGCGGCGCGGGCGCUGCGUGACUCGUUUUAGUGUUGUCCUAGCAUCGACGUGGGAGGUCGCGCGCACGUUUGCAAAAUAACACUCGCGUAUAUUACGUAUUACGUGUUGAUUAUCAUUUUUGUUAUACAAUGAGUGCUUAUAAAAGAAAAAAGUGUAAAAAAUCUAUUUAUUUUGGUGAGAUUACCAACAAAAAAUCAACGCCGGAUUAUACUGCUACAUCGCAAAUAAAAAUUUUGGAAAAUGUUCAAAUUUGCCCUCCAUUGGCUAAUAAUGACAGUGAUUCUGAUUAUGAAAUAUUUGACGCACCUAAAAAGAAAAUGAUGAACCUUUCUACGUUGGAGCACACGCAGCUAAGUAAUGAAAAUAAUAUAUAUAUCAGCCCAUGUACUGGAAAACGAUUUAGUGUGCUUCAGAAUACGAUAUCCAGUCCAAAAAGUAGUCAUAAUAAUACCACAUUAUUGAUGACGAAUACUACAACGACUAUACCUACUGAUCCUAUGACACCUACUCGUAGAUUUUGUGGUACUGUUUCUCGUAACCAUAGUGGUUUAUCUACUCCUAGCUCGUGCACUCAAAUGCUUACAGAAACAUCCAACAUAAAUGCUAGAGCUUCUCCUAUCUCAUUGAAUGCUUUAUGUACAUCAAGUAGGUGCUCGUCUUUAAAUAAUAUUUCAUGUUCGAACUUAUUACCUUUAGAAUUUAAUGAAAGCAGUAUGCAAAAAUUGAUUAAAACAACUAUAAAGGAAAGAAGAACCACGGGUAAUACAAACAAUAGUCCAUUUUCUUUUGAGUAUACUUUUGAGGAUGAUGCGCUCACUUAUGACGAAAAAGCAGAAAGAAAAACGACUAAAUGCAACUUGAACAAUAAUUCACAAAAACAUUUAGAAGAGAGAAACACUGAAAAGCAACAAGAAAAUAAUAUAAUAGGACAAGAAAAAGAUCAGAAUAAGCAAAAUAGAAGUCUAGAAAUACAGAAUGAAAAAGUGGAAGAACUAGAUCAGGACAUAGAAAACGAAAAAACACAAGAAGACGCUCUGGAGACGCAGACUGAUGAAGCAACCAAUACUGAAAUAGAAGAAAUCGUUUCAAAUGGAAGUGAUGAUGAUACAAGUAAAAAUCUCUCAUCUGAUAUAAUAAGUGAAGAUGAAGAUAAUAUGUCUGAAAAUAUAUCAGAAAGUGAGGGUGGAGAGCUUGAGGGUGAUAAAGAUUGGAUUGACAUUCCCGACAAUGACGUAUUGAGCUUCGAUGAGAGCAUACUUGAUAGCGUGACAAAUGUACCUAUUCGUAAUAAAUUGCCCGUCGAUAUUUAUAGUUUGUUUCUCACUGACGAUAUUAUUGAUAAAAUAGUAGAAGAAACUAAUAAAUACGCAGAUAAAUAUUUAUUAGAAAAAGAAAUUACAGCAAAAUCACGCUUUAAAGCUUGGAAACCUACAAAUGCAAAUGAAAUGCGUCAGUUUUUCAGUGUCAUACUCACGAUGGGCUUAAAUAAGGUUCCACAUUUUCACGAUUAUUGGUCAAAGAAAUCCAUUUACAGAAAUGAAUAUAUAUGCUCUCUCAUGGGAAGAGAUAGAUUUAUCUUGCUUCUAAAGUUUUGGCAUUUCAGCGAUGAAAGGAAUGAUACUGAAGAUAGACUCUACAAAAUUCGACAAAAUAUACUUAAUAUGUUAAAUAAUCGUUUUAAAGAUAUUUUAACUCCAGGAAAAUUUAUCGUGAUAGACGAAUCAAUGAUUCCCUGGCGCGGGAGACUUAUUUUUCGCCAAUAUAUCAAAAAUAAAUCGCAUAAAUAUGGAGUUAAAUUAUAUAAACUAUGUACUCCUGAGGGGUACACUUUUAAAACCAUAGUAUAUACAGGUAAAGAAGGAAAUCGCAGAGAAGUGAACCAUGGAAAAAAUGUAGUUAUGAAGCUCAUAGAGGGUCUAGAAAAUGAAGGACGAGUUUUAGUAGCCGAUAACUUUUAUUCUUCUCUUGAUUUAGUAGAGGAACUCUUAGAAAAGAAAACAUUUUACUGUGGCACGCUAAGAUCAAACCGAAGAGGACUUCCCAAGCAAUUUAUGUCUAAAAAAUUGAAGAAAGGCGAAGUUGAAGGGAUAAUGCUGCCUAGUGGUGUAAAAGUUAUUAAAUGGCACGAUAAGCGCCAAGUUUCAAUGAUAACUUCCUGUAAAGCACAUAAAGCGUCUCUAGUAGAUACAGGUAAGAUACAUAAGAGAACUAAUGAAAUGAUCAGAAAGCCACUGUGCAUUUUAACUUAUAAUGAUAAUAAAAAAGGGAUAGACUACUCAGAUCAAAUGUCGGCAUACUAUACUACUUUACGACGAGGUCUAAAGUGGUAUCGGAAAGUGAUGAUGGAAUUUUUAUUUGGUACUGCACUCAUAAACGCAUGGAUAAUAUACAAUGCAAAUACAGACAAGAAAAUGUCAAAAAAAGAAUUCACAGAAUCAAUAAUCGAAACAUUCGGAGGCCGAAAAAUUUCUGGAACAGGUUCAAGGGUAUGCUGAUAAAUCCGAUGGCGAGCGUGGUGGUGUCAGAAGAUUGCCGUGGUCAACAUACCUAACAGUUCUUCGAAAACAAACUGUUCUUACUCAUAAAGGUAGCUAAAAUCUCUCCAGAAACUUAGGUAAUGGUUCCAGACAACGCGUAAGCUUAGCAUCGUCAACUAACUGCAGCACGCUUUGCAUGAAACUGAGCAUAUUAUGCACUUUAAUCAUUCGAGUUUACUGAACAAAAAUCUUCUUGGAUACAAUUCAAAUAACAUAAAUUAAAGAGGGGAGACUUUAUUUCCAACUUACAUCUGCCUGCCUUUUUUUCGAUAUUACGUGGUUUUUAUUUUUUGUGCUUGAAACGCGUUAUGUACCUACUUCUUCUGUUGAUUGCCUGAAAAUUUUUGGUUGUUUUUGAGAUUGUCUUAGCUUAGUAGCAUUUCUGGUGGGCUUUGCUACUUAUCUCUAAUGCUAGUGUUUUAAUUAUGUAAGCAUUAUACUACACAGGGGGAAG